CUCCUACUGGGUAACCUUUCGCCAAAUGCUGUAAGUCUUUUGUGACACAGGCCCCCAGGCAGACAGGGGAGUUGAGUUACUUGCGUGGCAGGCAGUGUGGUGGCUCCCAGAGGCUUCAGGUCUGCCCUGCCCUGGCGCCCCCACCCCAGGGGACAGUCUCCUGACCACAGACUGGACAACCAAGGGGAGUUGCUUUCCUGGAGGACCUUGAGGGCAGAGCGUUGAGGUUGUGGGCGUGGGGGGGUGGUGGGAACCCAGGGUGCGGCUUUGCAGGCCAUUGUGUAGUAAGCGCCCCUCCCGGCGCACUGAGAACAAGGGUCCCACACAAGGGCUAGUGGCAGCCCCUCCUACCCAUGCCCUUCUAGCCCCGGGAACAUGGUGCCCAGGACAUUCCAGCACCACUGCGCCUUGGCUGUCGGCUCCCCGCUGGAGCUGUCCUGGGCCGGGGCUGGCAGCCCUGAUGCUCACUCUGUGCUAUCUGAUCGCCCGCUGUGCUGGGGGAUCCCGGCUGGCUCUCCAGCAAGGGAAGGAGUUUGAGAAUGCAGAGGGGGAUGGGUAUGUGGCUGACUUCUCGGAGGAGGGCUCCCCGGCCGCAGCUGCGCAGAACGGCCCCGAUGUGUAUGUCCUGCCCCUCACUGAGGUCUCCUUGCCCAUGGCCAAGCAGCCGGGACGCUCAGUGCAGCUUCUCAAGUCCACGGACCUGGGCCGGCACAGCCUCCUGUACCUAAAGGAGAUUGGCCACGGCUGGUUUGGGAAGGUGGUCUUGGGGGAGGUGCACUCUGGCGUCAGCGGCACGCAGGUGGUGGUGAAGGAGCUGAAGGCCAGCGCCAGCGUGCAGGAGCAGAUGCAGUUCUUGGAGGAGGCGCAGCCCUACAGGGCCCUGCAGCACAGCAACCUGCUUCAGUGCCUGGCCCAGUGUGCUGAGGUGACCCCAUACCUGCUGGUUAUGGAGUUCUGUCCUCUGGGGGACCUCAAAGGCUAUCUGCGGAGCUGUCGGGUGACAGAGUCCAUGGCGCCUGACCCCCUGACCUUGCAGCGCAUGGCGUGUGAGGUGGCAUGCGGGGUCCUGCAUCUGCAUCGUCACAACUACGUGCACAGUGACCUGGCCCUGAGGAACUGCCUGCUAACGGCUGACCUGACGGUGAAGGUUGGCGACUAUGGCCUGUCGCAUUGCAAAUACAGGGAAGACUACCUCGUGACGGCUGACCAGCUGUGGGUGCCGCUGCGCUGGAUUGCGCCAGAGCUGGUGGACGAGGUGCACGGCAACCUCCUGGUGGUAGAUCAGACCAAGGCCAGCAACGUGUGGUCCCUGGGUGUGACCAUCUGGGAGCUCUUCGAGUUGGGUGCGCAGCCCUACCCCCAGCACUCGGACCGGCAGGUGCUGGCUUACGCCGUCCGAGAGCAGCAGCUUAAGCUGCCGAAGCCCCAGCUGCAGCUGAUUCUGUCUGAUCGCUGGUACGAGGUGAUGCAAUUCUGCUGGCUGCAGCCAGAGCAGAGGCCCACGGCUGAAGAGGUUCACCUGCUGCUGUCCUACCUGUGUGCCAAGGGCACCACGGAGUUGGAGGAGGAGUUCGAGCGGCGCUGGCGCUCCCUGCGGCCCGGUGGCAGCGCAGGCCUGGGGUCGGGUCCCGCUGGCCCGGCCGUUGCUGCUGAGCUCACUGCGGCCUCGUCUUUCCCACUGCUGGAACAGUUCACCAGUGACGGCUUUCACGUGGACAGCGACGACGUGCUGACGGUAACCGAGACGAGCCGCGGACUCAACUUCGAAUACAAGUGGGAGGCGGGCUGCGGCGCCGCCGCGGAGGCGUUCCCACCUCCGGGGGGCGUGUCUAGCCCCGACGCCGCCGCACGCCUGCAGGAGCUGUGUGCGCCUGACGGCUCGCCGCCGGGUGUGGUGCCGGUGCUCAGCGCCCACAGCCCCUCGGUGGGUAGCGAGUACUUCAUCCGCCUAGAGGGGGCAGUGCCUGCCGCUGGCCAUGAUCCCGACUGUGCGGGCUGCGCUCCCAGCCCCGAAGCCGUGACGGACCAAGACGACAACUCAGAGGACAGCGCCACCACUUCUCUAGUCAUGGAGCCGCUGCUGGGCCACCCGCCCCCCACCGGGGGCCCGUGGGGCCCCUGCGACCGCCACUCACGCAGGAGGCGAGAGCCACCCUGCCCUUCACGCUCGCCCUCUCCGGGGACCCCGAUGUUACCGGCUGAAGACAUAGACUGGGGCGUGGCUACCUUCUGCCCACCUUUCUUCGACGACCCGUUGGGAGCAUCUCCCCCUGGGAGUCCUGAGGCCCAGCCGUCCCCCAGUGACGAGGAGCGGGAGGAGGGGAAGGCGGGGAGGGCAGCUCGGUGUGGACACUGGGGCUCUAACGUGUCAGCCAACAAUAACAGUGGCAGCCGAGACCCAGAAUCCUGGGACCCUGGCUAUGUGAGCAGCUUCACAGACAGCUACAGGGACGACUGCUCCAGCCUAGAGCAGACCCCACGGGCCUCCCCCGAGCUGGGCCACCCACUGUCCCAGGAGGAUCCCAGAGAAUUUCUGCCUGGGCUGGUAGCAGCCUCCCCGGGUCAGGGGCGAAGCCGCUGCUUCAGCCUCCUCCCUCUGUGCCCUGCCAAAGGCCUGGCACCUGCCGCCUGCCUGGCCACACGCCCCUGGACGGAGGUGGCUGUAGGUGGGGGUGACAACCCCCAGGUGGAGCCCAAACUCGCCCGGGAGGCUGAGGGCUCUCCUGCAUCCCAGCUAUCCCUUCCUUCCGUCCCCUCCCCAUCGCACGAAGGAGCCUCGCUUCCCUCGGAGGAGGCAAGCGCCCCCGACAUCCUGCCUGCCUCUCCCACACCUGCUGCUGGCAGCUGGGUCACCGCCCCUAAGCCGGCCCUCGCUCUGGACAGCUGCAGCGGCUCUCUGGGGCAAGAGGCUCCCAGCAGUGAGGAUGAGGACACCACUGAGGCUACGUCUGGGGUCUUCACCGACCUGUCCAGUGACGGCCCUCACACUGAGAAGCCAGGCGCAGUACCAGCCGUACGCUGUCUGCAGAAGCAGGUCGAGACCCCCGACUCCCUGGACUCCCUGGACAUCCCGUCCUCAGCCAGUGACGGAGGCUGUGAGGUCUUGAGCCCCUCGGCUGCUGGUCCCCCUGCUGGGCAGCCCCGUGCUGUGGACAGUGGCUAUGAAACGGAGAACUAUGAGUCCCCAGAGUUUGUGCUCAAAGAGGCCCAUGAGUCAAACGAGCCUGAGGCCUUCGGGGAGCUAGCCUCAGAGGGUGAGAGCCCGGGGCCCGAGACUUUGCUGUCUGUCUCCCUUGGCGGCCUCAGCAAGAAAAACCCCUAUCGUGACUCUGCCUACUUCUCGGACCUGGACGCUGAGUCUGAACCCACCUUUGGCCCUGAGAAGUGCGGUGGGGUCCAGGCCUCCCAAGAGGAGAAGGACCUGAAGAGCCCACCUGGUUCAGGGCAUCCGUCUGUGCAGGAUUUUCCCGGGCCUGAGGUAUCCAGGGAGGCCCCAGACACCAGCCCCGGGGAGGCGUUGUCCCCACCACAGCAGACAGAGGAGCCCUUGCCAGGUGGCCCCAAGCCAGAGUCUCUUUCGACUCAAGGCCCCGUCCAGGUGCAGCCUGUGCCCGGCCUUAGUCAUUCCAAAUGUUUCCUGCUGACCCCAGUCCCACUGAGCUCAGAAGGCGAUGGCACGGAGCCCCGGGGCCCCCCAGGACAGCUGUCAGUGCCAGCACAGCUCGGGCAGACGGGAAGCCCUUCGGCACCCAGAUCCCCGCUCUGCCUGGCCCUGCCUGGCCACCCUGGGGCUUUAGAGGGCCAGCCAUUGGACGAAGAGGACAGUGAGGACAGCGACGAGUCUGACGAGGAGCUUCGAUGCUACAGCGUCCAGGAGCCCAGCGAGGACAGUGAGGAGGAGCCACCAGCGGUGCCCGUGGUGGUGGCUGAGAGCCAGAGUGCCCGAAAUCUGCGCAGCUUGCUGAAGAUGCCCAGCCUUCUGUCCGAGGCCUUCUGCGAGGACCUGGAGCGCAAGAAGAAGGCUGUGUCCUUCUUUGAUGAUGUCACGGUCUACCUCUUCGACCAGGAGAGCCCCACCCGAGAGACUGGGGAGCCCUUCCCCAGCACGAAGGAAUCCCUCCCCACGUUCCUGGAGGGCAGCCCCGGCUCACCCAGCGCCCCUGGCCUGCCGCGGCGGGCUGACCACUUGCCCGACAGCUCUGUUCCUGAACAAGGCAGUAGGUUCGAGUGGGAUGGUAACUUCCCGCUGGUGCCCAGCAAGGCUGCUCUGGCGACCGCACUGGACCCUGCAGACCCUGUCCUGGCCACGCCCACCGCCGCGCCAGCCGCGCCCUUGUCACGAUUCACCGUGUCUCCCACACCCGCCUCCCGAUUCUCCAUCACUCAUGUAUCGGACUCGGAGUCCCCGUCGGUGGGAGGCCCAGCGGCAAGUGCUGGGGACCGAUUCACAGAGGCUUGAGACCCAGGUAGUUCCACCCUUCGGAGGCUGGCGUCACUGGAGACCCUGCCAUCCUACCCAGGCGGCAGCAAGGAUGGUGUCCGGGAACGAAUGAGCGGGGACCCGUCGACCCCCCCCCCCCGCAGUGUCCUGGAGAAGCAGGUGGAUGGGAGGCCUGGAUCUAGCCCCGGAUGUGCUGUCCUGAUGGCAGACUGUGUCCUGGGUGGACACUGGGGUUUGCUGCUAGCCUCUGGUCAGACCUGCAGCCCCAGGGCCUGUGAGUGUCUGUAAGCAUAUACAUACACACUCAAGAAGGGACCCCCUGACCCUGGGUGGCUCCCCACUGCUGGGUAGACGCCCCCCCCACCCCCGCCCCGCAGCCACACUUCCUAUAUGGCUGUUGGUGGUGAACUGGCCUCAGGCCAGGGCUAUGCAGUCCAAGGGCCUGCACGCCGUUGGCUACACUCUGCCUCGUGUUCAAGGGACACUUGGCCAGGUUUCGAGGUGGCUUUAAGCCUGCAGGUCCCUUUUGGGUUCUCCGCACCUUUCUGACCUGGGUCUAGGUUUGCUCUGAGCAAGGUCGGACCCCUGGGCUUCAAGCCCUUAUGUCAGAGUCUGUGGCUGGCUUCCCUUCUCCACGGGGUCUGUCUGGAUGGUUCUGGCCUAGGUCCUGCUGCAUAUCACGGAGGCUUCCAGGCUGCAGCCGGACUGCCCAGAGUUGCCCUCCCUAGGGCAGUGUGGGCAGCACUCCCUCGCAGAGCAGGGCCCUGCCCCAUACCCUACCAAGAGGAGAACAGAGUGUACCCUACGGCCGCUGUGGGCCCCUGCCUGCAGGCAGGGCUGGGAGAAAACAGGGCUGGGGUGGGCUGUACAGGGAAUAUUUUUGUAACUUGCUGGAGUGAAUGGAAAUGGGGUGAUUCUAAGUUAUUGUUGCCAAAGACAUGUAAAGUAUAUUGUCGCUUUGGGGGUGGGGCAAUGUUUUUUGUUUUGUUUUUGUUUUUAGUUUGAGGAUAGGAUGCCGGUGCAAUGAUUUUCUUGUUCCUUGUUUUUUAAGAGAAACCAAGCUAAAGAAAAAAACAAACAAAAAAACCCA